AGCAUUGCUCCAGUUGACACUCCACAAUUCCAGAGGAUAAUCCAUUUGGGAUACUACAUUGACUGUGGAGGCAAAUUAUGCUGAUUUGAACAGCAAACAUGAAUUCGAAACAAGCCUGUGCACUUCUGCUAUUACUAUCUGUGACUCUGGUCUAUGGAACAGGAUUUAAUAGAUAUGCCUACAUACGGAAAAAUGUAAAAAGCCAAGGAGAUUACAAUGUAAAAAGCUAUGACUCCCAGAACUCUGAAGGUGAUGGAUAUGAAGACAAUGAUGAAAGCAGAGAUGUAGGAGGAGAGCGUGGAUCACCAGGUCCACCUGGACCACGAGGCCCACCAGGAGCUCCCGGGAAAACAGGCAUUGGAAUGCCAGGAGCCCCUGGCAAGCCUGGAAUGCCAGGACCAUCAGGAAUGUCAGCAAUGGGAAAACCAGGAAUACCAGGAGCAUCAGGAAGGCCGGGCGAAAGAGGAGCCCCAGGAGAAAAAGGUGAUAGAGGAGCUCAAGGAUUGCCAGGACCUAAAGGUGAUCAAGGAGCCCCAGGAUACCCUGGGCCAGCGGGAUUGGCUGCUAUUGGUAAACCAGGUGCACAAGGGCCACCAGGUCCUGCAGGAUCACCAGGUCAACCUGGAGAAAAAGGAAUACCAGGGCACUUGGGCCUUCCUGGAGCAAAGGGGGAAAGGGGAGAGGGAAUUCCAGGGCGUCCUGGAAGCAGAGGGGCAACAGGACCACAAGGGCCACCAGGAUCACCUGGGCCAGCAGGAUUAGGAAGUGUUGGAGCCCCUGGUCGUCCUGGUGCACCAGGUGAGAAAGGGGCAAUGGGCCCAGCAGGUCAACCAGGAUAUUCAGGUGCUCCAGGCCAAAAAGGACCACCAGGAAAUCCUGGUCAUCCAGGAAGUGGAAAGCCUGGAGCACCAGGUGAACCAGGAUCCCCAGGGGCUCCUGGAGGUAAGGGGGCUCCUGGUCCACAAGGUUUAUCAGGUGCACCUGGAAUACCUGGUUUUGGCAAAUCAGGUUUACCAGGACUGAAAGGAGAUCCUGGUCCUAUGGGCCCGACUGGUUACUCAGGAGAAAAAGGAACGGCAGGAGCAACUGGGGCACCUGGAGCUCCUGGAUCUGGAGGGCCAGCAGGUCCACCUGGAGCACAAGGCCCAAGAGGUUCGCCAGGUGCUAAUGGUGCACCAGGACAGAAAGGUCAACCAGGACCUGCUGGUGCUACUGGAUAUCCAGGACCCAAGGGUCAACCAGGAAUUGGUGGCGCCCCAGGAAAAUCAGGAUCUCCAGGACUACCAGGUGCACCAGGCCAAGAAGGACAAAGAGGAUCAAGUGGUCCCAAAGGCAGUAUGGGAGCUCCUGGUUCAGCAGGUAAAUCAGGAAGCCCUGGCCCCCCAGGUCCUCAAGGACCACCUGGAUAUCCUGGUGAAGCAGGUUCAAGAGGAAGUGUAGGACCAUCUGGUCCAAGAGGUUCACCUGGCUCUCAAGGUGCUCAAGGGUUUCAAGGAGAAAAAGGUGAUCCAGGACUUCCUGGUCCACCAGGUCCUCCUGGAAAUUAUUUUGGGAAAAUGGCAAGCGGCUCACCUGGUGCACCUGGACUAAAAGGUCCCCCGGGACCCCCAGGCCAACCAGGCCUUCCUGGACCUCCAGGCCCACCAGCAGAAGUGAUUAUGUCCCCAGGCAAAUAUGAUUAUAAUGGCUACAUCAAGUCAGGAGAGCCUUCAGCUGGGCUACUCAGUCCAUACCCAGCUUUUACAGCCAUUCUUUCUAGUUCAUAUUACCCAGCUGAGCAACCAAUAGCAUUUGACAAAAUACUGACCAAUUCAAAUAACAACUAUGAUCCAUCGACUGGUAUUUUUACAUGUGAAAUAUCUGGCAUCUAUCAAUUUAGUUAUCAAAUACAAGUUAAGGGAGCAAAUGUUUGGGUUGGAUUAUACAAAAAUGAUGAGCCCAUGAUGUACUCAUAUGAUGACUAUACAGAAGGUUAUAUUGAUCAGGUCUCAGGAAGUGUUACAUUAUAUCUACAUGAAAAUGACCAAAUCUAUGUACAGUUACCUGAAGAUGAGUCUAAUGGCUUAUACUCUUCUGACCUCAUGCACUCAACAUUCUCAGGGUUUCUAAUUGUCCAUUCAUGAUAUGCAUCAGUUUGAAAUAUGGAGUUGAGUUGAUGAUCCAUAUUCUAUUCUGAGCGACAAGCAACACAAUUUAGUUAAUGGAACAAAUUUAAAAAAUAGUAAUGGACAACUGUCUAAUAGAAGGGUAGCCAUUAAGAAAUAGAUCUGACCAGCAAACUGCUGUGUUGUUGUCAUCCACUAAAGGUCAUUUGCUUGAAACAAAAUCCAUCAGUUUUAUGACAUGUAUGUGACAGAGAUGAAAUUGGUCUUCUGAUAAAAUAUUUCACGUUACCCUGAUUUUUUCUUUUCUUAAAAGAAUCCAUCUGUUGUAUUAUCAAUUUAAAAUUUGGUUGUCCCUCGGUGUGCAGAAAGUAUUUGUACAAAAAUGUAUUUUGGUACUUGACAUUGACUGUUUCAUAGGUAUUCAUCACAAGCAACUAACCUUCUCAAUCUGAUUGAGUAAAAUUCAGUCUGGAAAUCCUAUCAGUUUCAAUGACAUUAUUGAGAUUCAACUACUUCAAUGGUCAAUCACUUCCCUUUGUGUCAAGAUCAGCCUAUUCCCAUUGUCUUCUGUAUUUCAAUAGUAAUUAACAUUACUUAUUUUGCUAUUCAAUUUGUAAAAAGCACAUUAUUAAUGCUAGGUCAAUCUAAGUGACAUUGAUAAUGUAUGUAUUCUCCAAAAAUAUACAUCUCCAAAAUGCAGACACAUAAGUUAUAUUGUAGCAAAUCACAAAAUAUUUCUGUAUGAAAUUGUGACGGAAUGGAUCUCUCAAAUAAUGCAGUAUCACAAGUGCAUUUUUGUUAUGGUGCAGUUAAAUAAAUGGUGAUUGUUACAAA